CUGGCCUGGCAUGCGUGGCGCGCCCCCCCGAGACUCCGGCUGCUGUGGCCGCGAUGGCGUCGUGAGGCCCGCGAGCCUCCUCCUCGUCAUCCUCGUCCCUCGCCGUCUCCUCCCCUCGUCAUCCUCGUCCCUCCACGUCCCAUCGCAGCCUUCGCGUCCGCCUCGCCAUGCAGGGAGGAGGAGGGGAUGAAGACUAUAUGUCGGCAGCCUUCGUCGAGGCGGGGAAGGACCAGCGGCCAGGGCUGGUGGUGUCGCACGCGGUGAGGGCACAGCGGCGCCUGGAGCGGCGUCACAACGAACUGAACGCACAGCACCGCGCGCGGCACGUGCCGCGAGCCGUGGUGGAGCAGCAGAACCGCGAGGCGGCACUGUCCUCGGCGCUACCCACUCACAACCGCGGGUUCGCCCUGCUGCAGCGCAUGGGCUACCGCGCCGGACAGGGGCUCGGCAAGUCCGGCACUGGCAUCACGGAGCCUAUCCCUGUGCAGCCCAAAGCAGAUAGGGGUGGAGUGGGCCGGGAGAAAGAGAAAGAACGACAGGUGGCGGAGCGACUGCGGCGCAGGCAGCAGCAGCAAGCCAAGUGUUCGGUGGAGGAAUACAGGACGCGCGUGCGCAAUAAGCUGGAAGAUCGCCAGACGGAGGACGACCUCCGGAAGAGCCGGGGAGCCUGCGAGCAACUUGACCAGCAGAAGGGGGUGAGGGAGCCACUGGAGCCCUGGUUCUGGAUGCAGCCUGAACCAGACGAGGAUGAGGAUGACGAGGACGAUGAGGAGGAAGAUGAUGACGACCAACGCAGUCGCUUGCAGAAGCAGGAGAUGCUGCAGAAGCUGACGGGCUAUCUUCGGUCCGAGCACUUCUACUGCAUCUGGUGCGGCACUUCCUACGAAGACCGUGAUGACCUGGACUCUAACUGCCCCGGAAGUACUGCAGAGGACCACAACUGAUGGGUAGAGCCAAGAUAGUUGUCGUUACAAGUUUCGCAAGAUUAUUUUUGAUGCCACGUGAAUUCUCAUCUGAAGACUGUGCCCAAACUUCACCCCCGUUUUCUUCCACUAGAUGGAGAAAGUCAACACCGUUCGUAUGUUAGAGAGUAAAAUACCUUUUCUGCAGUGUCGUGCAGUCGUAUUCACUGUGGCUACCCGGUAGAUUUAUGGAUUGACAGGCAUGGCCACCACGAUUGGAAAAUAUAACGCGAGGGCUGGCGCGAACUGGUUUGUGAAGACAACUGUACGUGCGCAUGUACUGUACAUGUAACCACAGCCUCCUGUAUCAACGCUGGAAAGCUAUGGUGCCCAAAUAAUAUUCUUUGGGUCUUUCGGUAAAGUCACAUCGAUGGUUAAAAGAAAAUAACCAAAAACUAUGACGUUCCGAUCACAACACAAGCGGUCAUCAGGAGGAGAGGAUGACGUU